AUGGAUGAAAUUGAGUACAUUAAAGAUGAUGGUAUCACAAGAGCCACAGUGGAAUGGGGAAUGGACCGUACAGAUCAACGCAGCAACAAUCUUGAUGGUAGAAUGAACCUUUAUGGUACUGGUUCUGGUGCCAACGCAUACACUGGUCUGCGACACAUGAUGAGUUUGAUAACCGAGCAUCAUACUUCUGGGACUACGAUUCAAGCAACUAUGUAUGUAUCACAGAUUUUCAUAGUAGCACAAACACAUUUACCAUAUGCUAUGCAUGUCUUGAUGAUUUUAAAUUACGGCCUUGAUGAAAUAGUUGCUGGAGGAAAAACUCCAACUAAGUCUGUUGUAUCCAUGUCUGUUGGUGCUGGUGCUAGUAUAUCACUAGACAAUGCCGCUAUUACUGUUGGUGCAACCGACGUUAACGACUAUCGAGCAGGUUUCUCCAACUGGGGCGACUUGACAAAUUUGCACCUCGUGUUGCUGUUAGAAGCGCCUGGUGUUGCCGCUGUACAUCUGGGUGCUGGCACUUGUAACGACAAUGCCAGCUGUAGAAAUCAAAUUGUUGUUAUUUUGCGACUAAAUAUACACAAUAAGCAAAGGUUAUUUUAUCAGAGAACAUGA